ACACAGGGAAAAGGCAACUGCGUAUUACUGCGACCGAAAACUGCAACACAAACGCUCGUCCUCUGCUGUUGUCAUUCCUCCACACAAAUAGACAACCAUAAACCGAGGAUUGAGGCUUUUAUAAGCCUUGGAAUUCUCCUCAAGUUCUGAUUCAAUAGCUGGGAUGCAUAAUUUCCCUCUAAAUUUUAGCUUGUUUAAUGGCAGGUAUUGGAAAUUUCACAGUAAAAAGGAAGAGAUAUUUAUUAGACAUAGAAGUCCAUUAAGCAACCGGAGAAGAUUAUUUACGCGGUCGUAAGAAUCUGCAAGGGUGGCUUAUUUUUUUACAUUUGAAUGUAAUAGAGAGCCGUUUGUUUUUAAAGGGGCUUCUGUAGAAUACAUCGAGGUUAGUGGUUAUUUGGUUAUGACCCAGUAUUGGCUAGUUGUUUAUUAUUGAUAUAUUUCUGUUUGAGCCGUAUAUUCUCCAAACUAACGUGCUAAACAUUGUUUUGGUUUGGUGUAACGGCGGAAUAACAGGCCGAUGGUUGUUUAUCAAAGAAACUGACAUCUAGUGGCUCUAAAGAGUCAUUGCAAUUCUGUCAGUAUAUAUAAUAAAGUUGAAUAAACCAUGAAGCUCCUGGAAAACUCAGGUUUUGAGGCCAUAAACAGUCUGCUCACUAUUGAAACGGGAGACUGUAAGAUAUUUGGACGUAUUGAGAGCUACUCCUGUAAGAUGGCAGGUGAUGACAAGCAGAUGUUUAAGCUGUUUUGUCAGGAGGGGCAGCCGCAUGUGCUGGAGGCUCUGUCUCCUCCGCAGAGCUCAGGAAUCAGCCCCAACAAACUGAGUCAGAGUUUGGAUGAUGGGGAGGGUCCUCUUUCGGACAAGUGCAGCAGAAAGACGCUCUUUUACCUGAUCGCCACUCUCAAUGAAUCCUUCCGGCCAGACUACGACUUCAGUCGCACCAAAGGCCACGAUUUCAGCAAGGAGCCCAGUGUUAAUUGGGUGUUUAAUGCAGUGAACAGCAGUUUGUCUGCUGCUGCGGGUGAGGCGUACAGUCACCUACAGCCUCAGUUAUGGGAAGCUCUAGACAAGGAGAUCAGCCUUGCUGAAUGUGACAUAUACAGCUACAAUCCAGAUCUGGAUUCCGACCCUUAUGGGGAAGAAGGCAACCUGUGGUCCUUCAACUACUUCUUUUAUAACAAAAGACUGAAGAGGAUUGUGUUCUUCACAUGCUGUUCUGUCAGUCUUUUCAUGGCUCCACGAGACUCUGGCAUCGACACUGAACUGGAUCUGGAGUUAGAUGAGGGCAGCUAUGAGGAAGAGGAAGAGGGCAACAUGGAUGAAGGGAGGUAUGGUGCACUGUGUGCCUGAUGAAGCCCUCCUCCUUGUCAUCUGAAGCCAGCAUCUCUUGUCUGAGUUUUAAUUGCCUGUAAUUCUUUUCUGUUUCUUAUUCCAUUUUUAUAUAUUGUUGGUCAUUGCUUAAGAAUGGAGAGAUGUGGUAAUCCAGAGAGUGCUAUUCAUUGCACUUUAGCAUUUUCCUUUACUUUUCUGUGUACUUUCCAUUGCAUUCUCUUAAUGUUCCUCUGAAUUCCACUGGAGGGAACAUGUGUUAUGAUAUUUUUACUUGCCAUUUUACAUUUCCAAAGAGGUCAUUUUAUUUGUAUCUGAGUGCAAGUAUAUAAGGUUUAUUCUCUCUGUCUGUUUUCUCCCUCUCUCUGUCUUUUUAUUUUAUUUUUUUGUUACUCAACCCUCAUUCAUUUAUUCAUGUUCAUUAUUUCCACUAGUUUUUAUGGCUCCAAGAACUUUACAACAGUAUUUCCACUAGGUGGCAUCCUUCAACAUCCUUGUCUUCUGUCUCUGGUUAUCCUUUACUGCUUUAUUUUAUUUUUUAUUUUUGGAGCUUAUUUUAAGUUUUAAGGCAUUUUGAGCAUUAAAUGAAAUUAAGAGAUUGUAAGUCAUAGUUCACAUUUAAAUGUUAUUUCGAGUUUCCAUGUUUGUGAGGCCUAUACAUGCUUAUAACUCAUUUUUCUUUAUAUCAACAUCCCCGAUUUUUUUCUCUAUUAAUUACAGUAGAAGUUAAUGGAUGAGCGUCAUUUUGUUUUGUAGGAUUUAAUAUAUUUUCCUGCAACUUUCUUGCCUCAGGAAAAAAUUAUAUUUAAACGGAUAUCAGCGUAAACAUCGCCCAGUAGAUUUAUUAGUGUCUUAACCUAUGGAUCAACUUCCUUUUUUAGUUGCGCCCCCAAAACUAAUAAAUAUGUGAAAGGAGAACCAUGAUGGGUCUGUAAAGUUUAGUUUUUAUAAAGGUUUUGUUUGUUGUUACUGGUUUUUAUUUGGAUUUCGUAACAUUUGUGAGGUGUAUAACGUGAAGUAAACAUUGCAGUUCUGCUUUCUUCCAUGAAGACUUGUUUGUGGUGACUUAUUUUUCAUUGUCUGACAACACAUUUGACUCUUGAUAGUGUUUGCUGUUGUGUUUAAAGCUGUAGAUCUAACAUGGUUCUGUGGAUAUUGAUUAUCUAUAAACUUUGAGUGGGUGUCAGUGGCUGUUUCUUAACUUUAUUACAUCCCGCUUGACAUAUAGCUUGAUAGUGAACGAAUUUGUCUGAUCAGAUUCAGUGCUGUUGCUUAGUCUUUCUACUAUGGCUUGAAUAAAUAACACUUACUCAUGAUGAGCGCUAUAGUUCAUGUUGUCUGCUGUUAUGUGUUGGAGGGCCUCUUGAAGAUCUGGCCAUAUGUGGUGAAGUUGCAAUCUUACUGAAUUCCUUUUCUGUUUUAGAUUUGACUGUGACCCAUCUAUGUUUGUAAUUUUGCACCAGUAUAAGAACAGGAUACGAGCAGAAAGAUGUAAGAUCACUUUUGCUCUUAACUUCAUAGGUUAUUUCUACAAAUGUUUUGAGUAA